CUACUGUCCUGGAGUCAGCGGGUGUGGAGCCUUGAGCGUGGUAGGUCGGUCGGUAGGUAGGUCGGAGGAACCUUGCAGUGCAUUGUUCCAUUUUCUGCAGCCUGAUGCAGGGAGACAGUGCAAGUCCCGGUGAUCUGGAUGGGUGACGGGAGGUCGUUCUGAACUUGUACCGAACCCAAUUUUACCGUCCAACCGAGGAGCAAAGCGGCGCCGGCGGCAACAUUCGAUGUUAAACGGGGGAAUAUUCGAUUCAAAAGAAAGAAAAGGGGACCCAUGAGGAGGAGAGUGCGCCGGGGAGACGCGAGUCUGCUCCUCAGCUGAAGAUCGGUGGAAGCGACCGAAAAACACAUGGAUAGAGAUGAUUUCUGUGGGAGCGGGUUGUUGAUGAACGAUCGCACCUCGGGUCGUGCACAAACAGAAGUGUGAAACCACAGAUGGAUCCACUGUGUGAUGGAAUUAAGAAAACCGAGUCCAGUGAUCUGGCUGCAAACUCUCGGCCCCCUCCAGCUAAGAUGGCUCGGCUGGAGCAACACAACUCGGGACCCUCGACCCCAGAAAGGACGAGACAAGGGAGUCCUUUGCCUAAUAGUCCCUGCCCGACCCAGCAACCUACCACAGCAAGUUGGCACUCCAAAGGAACCCUGCUGCCUGUGUUCUGUGUGGUGGAGCGUCAGGAAAGUUCUGUGGAAGCAGAGAGAAGAGACGAGCACGCUGAGUUCGUGUUGAUCAAACGGGAUCUGCUGUUUAAUCAGCUGACAGAAAUGGCCCUGCUGGCGCUGGGGUACUCCCACAGCUCUGUAGCGCAGGCUAAAGGUCUGAUCCAAGUCGGCAGGUGGAACCCAGUGCCUCUGUCCUCUGUGACUAAUACUCCGUAUGCGACAGUGGCUGAUAUGCUGCAUGAUGUUCACCAUGUUGUUACACUGAAGAUCCAGCUUAACAGUUGUCCCAAACUGGAAGACCUGCCACCAGAGCAGUGGAGUAUCUCCAAUGUGAGAAAUGCUCUGAAGGAGCUUCUUAAGGACAUGAAUCAGAGUUCCUUGGCCAAAGAGUGUCCGCUUUCCCAGGGAAUGAUAUCAUCUGUUGUAAAUAGCACUUACUAUGCAAAUGUCUCGGCUGCCAAGUGUCAUGAGUUUGGUCGAUGGUACAAGCACUUCAAAAGGUCCAAAUGCCACCAAGACGUAGAGUGCUUUUCUGAGCAAUCCUCAGAUAUUACUCACAUUCAGCAGCCAAUCCCAAGCAGCCCCAUCGAUCAGAACUCCACCCUUAUUUUCCCUCAUGGAUCAGUCGCCAACAUCUGUGGUCGGCCAUCGCUUGGUCUUCACCCUCCCGGGUUGGUCCCGCAACCUCUCAGCUCCCAAAUGGUGAACCAGCAGCUGAUGAUGACCCAGUUUCUCAACCAGCAGUAUGCCGUUACCCGCAUGCUAGCUGGCCAGGGUCUCUCUUCUUCGCCACAGCAAUAUCUCAACCACCCCCCAGUGGGAAGGCCUCCUGCGAAGGCCUUUUCCAAACCCUCUGAUUCUCAAGCAUCACAGCAGGCACAGUGUGGUUCUGGAGGGUGUCCAGCAACAAUGCCGCAAAAUCAAACGGGAGCUGCAAUGUCUUCAGUAGCACCAACAGACGUACCGAGUGACAUCUACCAGAAUGUGCGAGAGGAGCUGAGGAGAGCGGGCAUCUCCCAAGCUAUCUUUGCCCGAGUGGCCUUUAACAGAACCCAGGGUUUACUCUCAGAGAUCUUGCGUAAGGAGGAGGAUCCAAAACAUGCCUCCCAGUCUCUGCUGGUCAACCUGCGGGCCAUGAACAGUUUCCUGCAGCUUCCUGAGGCUGAGAGAGAGCGCAUGUACCAGGAGGAGAAGGAGAGGAGCAUAACCGGUUUCCCACCCAGCUGCAACAACACGCCCCCAAGAUCCACACAGGCGAGGCUGUCACCGGUUACAGCCGACAGAGGGCUCAGGACAGACAGUUGUGUUCUUAACGUCAGCGCCUCUAUCUAUGAGGAGAUCCACCAUGAGAUGAAGAGAGCUAAAGUGUCCCAGGCUCUAUUUGCUAAAGUUUCCGUCUCCAAAAGUCAGGGCUGGCUGUGUGAGCUUCUGCGGUGGAAGGAGGAUCCCUGCCCAGAGAACCGCACGUUGUGGGAGAACCUGUGCAUGAUCCGUCGAUUCCUCAGCCUGUCCCAGAUUGAGCGAGAUGCUAUCUAUGAGCAGGAGAGCAGCAGCAUGACUUCCCAGCACUGUGCCGACAGGCUCACUCUGCUUCCCAAUGACAGCGCCCUGCACCAACGCAACUGCAUGAUGUCUCAGCAACAUCAUCUUCAACCCCAUCACCCACUGCAGCCUGAGCCAGGUCUUGAGCUGUCUCCACCCCAGCCAUGCGCUGCGUCACCUGCCGAGUCUGAGGCCGGGAGCGCCUGGGGGCACUUCAGAGUAAAACUGCACAGCAGACCCAGCUGGGCUGACGAAAGGGAAGACAGUAAGGAAUGGGCCGAAGGGGAGAGAGAAAAUGCUUAUAAUUCAGGUGUAGACUGGGGCAUCACUGGAAGAGUGGGGUGCACUGGUAGAGAUGGUGAUGUGCAGGAAAGGGAUGCAACCAUACACCUGGGAGGUCAAGAUGACGUUAGUCACAACAACAAAAGUGAAAAUGUUAAGAACAACAUGUUCGUGACGAGGUCUGCUAUCAAGAGUGAGAACAAUGGCAGGGUUGGAGUUUGCUCUGGGACAGAUAAUAAAAUAAUUGUUAAAGAAGAGGUCCAAGGUGAUAGGUUAACGGUGUCUAAUGACGCCCUGGGAAUCCUGCAGAGCUUCAUCCAGGAUGUCGGCCUCUACCCGGACGAAGAGGCGAUCCACACCCUCUCUGCCCAGCUGGGUUUGCCCAAAGACACGAUCCGCAUUUUCUUCAGCAGCCAGGACUUGGAUCAAAGCCAAGACAACAGCCAGAGUCCAGCGCACAGUCACGACAACCAGCAAGUCUGUUCGAACCCAGAACUCCUCAUGGCAGACUUAACUACACAGGAACCGGACGUCACUGUGAAGGCAGAAAAGAAAGAGAUCGGGGUGGAGAGAAUUGGUAGAGACACAACAAUUGAGGUUUCUAUUUCACGGGAAUCAGAUGUUGCCACUCAAACAUUUCCCCCAAUGAAGGAGGAGCAGGAGAGCUACUUCUAAGACAUCCAAAACCUGGUUAGAACAAGCAAUAUUUUCUCUGUGAGCCCCUAACAGACCUAAUCGUCAUUAGGUCCACGAGUUAGUAACUUGGCCACUCUUGCAUCUUCUUUCAAUGCAGUUGACUGUGUUUUUGAUACAAGAUAAUAGGCAUGUGCUGUUACACACAGUAGAAUAGUACUUGGACUGCAUAUGACAUAACUUCUGGAAAGUGUACAUAUAUGUGGACAUUCUUUGUUGUUACAACCACACCUGGAUAAUAUUUUCUUGCCGGUGUUUAAACAACGAAAAUUUCAGAAUUGAUCGCACAGAGGACCAAAAAAACCAAAAAAAAAAAAACAUACAGUAAACAUUUAUUGUUGACAUUUGAAGCAUGUUAAAAAUGCUCUGCUGUAUUUAUACAUGUUUUUUCUGUUACAGUAUCCAGUAUUAUUGGUGCAGUAGUUGGAUAAAUCCCCACUAAGAGAUGUCAAGCAAAAACUAGCUGUGAUUUCUUUUUUCCUGUUCUUGCACUUUCUUGAAGUAUUUUAGGACUCUAUUGCAUUCUUAGAAACUCUGUGUUAAGUCAUGUUAAAAGGAAAGAACUGCCUCUUUUAAUGCUAAGGCUUUAUGCAUUAGUGUAAUUUAAAGUAUUCUGGUCCUCGCCUAUCAAGUGCCAAAACUUUCACAGUACGAUACGUGAAUAAGUUGUCAUAUAAGUAUUUAUUUGUGGAAUUACAUUAAAUAAAGAAACAAAUGCAGAAAUAGUCAAUCAAAGAUAGCAUUUAGAGUUACUUUGAGGUGAUUGGUCUUUAGUUGAUUUGCGAUGCAAGUUGUCUCUAGUACCACAGUGGCUGUUUAAAUAAUUUCAUGAAAGACAUUAGCACAGGAAAUAUGAAGUAAUCAAAUAAAUACUAAAGGAAAACAGGUUUGAUUUUUUUUUUUUUUUUUACAUCUGACAGAUUCAAUGUUUAAUUUUUGAUUUGCAACAUUUAAUUGUCAGAAUACUGAAAUAAUACUACAUCUAUUUAAAAUUUCUAUAAUGUGUCCAUCAACAACUUUUUUUAAAUUUACUUAUCAGAUGUGCAAUUCUAACAUAUUCAUUUAUUAGAGAGUGGGACUUGAGGUCAUUGAUAUUAACUACAUAUUAAAACAAAGGACAAAUAAUACAUCAAGUUUUAUUAAUAUUUGUACACCUAAAGAUUCCAAAAUGAACAGAGACAAGGCGUUGAAAACCCAACCGAAGGGUAUUUUUUAAUUUGAAGUGACUGCAGAACCACCCUACCACCACGUUUGUUAAAGUUUAGGGUGUAUUAUAGUACACCAGUUUGAUAUUAGCUUGUUUAAAAGGUUUUGCAAACAGAACUACCAACACAAAUAACUAAUGCCUACUUUUUAAGUACAGAGGUAGGAGAGCCAUAAUUUGUGCUUGCAACAUUGAGCUUCUGCCAUAGAAAAUUUGAUAAUCAAAAGUGAAGCUAUACAAUAUCUAAAACUUGGCCCAAAUUUGGCAAUCAUAUAAUUAUUCCAACCCCACCUACAGAUCUAAAAAAGGAUGCAUGUUUAUUAAAAUACUGCUAUGAAGCAUGAUAUAUCUUUUUAUGUCAAAAUAAAUGAAAACUAAUCUGACAGAGAAAUUGCAUUUUUUUAGACUUAUUUUUAACACAUUACCUUAUCUAACGCUAUUUUUAAACCUGUCAUUACUAUUUUUUGCCCUGAAACAGGAGGUUAACUGUGACUAAGUGUACUGAUGUUUGUAAAUGGGCCAUGCGUGUAUAGUAUAUCUGUCAAAUAAGGUGCACCAAUUCAACAAACCUCACGCUCUUAAUGUUUAAAAGGAUUUAAUUGUUGCUAGUUGUCGGGACCAAUAAUGCCUGUUUGAAAGUGGCACUGCCUUCCUCUGUCUGUCUUUACCUCUUCAUUAUUUACCAUCACAGUGAUUUGUGAUAUGUUUGAAAGUACUCUUGUGAUCUGGCUUUAAUUUGUCUAAUUUAUUAAAAGUUGAUUUUUUGUU